AUGGAACCAGAAAUAUCAAUAGAACCACCACGCCCUUGCAAGAACAAUACAGAGCAACACAUUAAUAUCACAGUCGUAAACUACUUGUCUCAAGGAAUCGUAGUGUUUUUGAAAUCAGGAGCACCACCCUUGCAUAUUAAUUAUAUCGAUCGUAUCACGACCUUCUCUGAAAAUCCUAUCAAGCAAAACAUUAUCUGUCGUGUUGAUCAACAACCACCAACUUCUUCAAACCUCCCAGUCACAGGUGAAAUCGGGUUCCUCAUUAUAUUUGUGGCUGUCAAUAAAAAUGAUGAAGAGGUUCCCAGAUAUGUGCGACUCUUAGACAGAAGAGUACAAAAUGGGUCUACAUUCAAUGUUCUUCCAAGACAUUAUCUCGCAACCAUGGAUACCGAUAGACGUCUGUUCGAUCAACAUUUUCAACCGGAAUCCAAUGAUAUUGGUGGUAACCCUGCUUCUGGUUUAUAUGUAAUGACCUUCUCCGAUCCUGAUCAAGAAGAAACCAAGCAAUUCGAUCCUCUCUUCCCCAUUGGGAUGUAA